GCCGCACAGACGUUCUCCUCCUCCUUCCUCUCUUCUUCUCAUUUCACUCUUCCCUUUUCUUGAAUCAACUUCAGAGUGCCCACCCAGAGACUUCAUCUAGGUCUGUGGGAUUUUGAGUUUGCAUUUUGCAAAGACAAGGAUGGGUAGGAUGAUUUUGAAUAAUGCAUUGAGAGCAAUAGUGAAUGCAGAGAAAAGGCAGAAAGCUUCUGUGGAGCUGCAACCUGUCUCCACAGUCAUGUCAUCUUUCCUGAAAAUUAUGAAAAAUCGAGGAUAUAUCAAGGAUUUUCAAGUUUUUGACCCGCAUAGAGUGGGGAAAAUUACAGUUCAACUACAAGGAAGGGUUAAUGAUUGUCGAGCUCUUACUUACAGGCAAGACGUCAAGGCAAGAGAUAUUGAAGAGUAUAAAAAGCGCAAGCUUCCUACGCACCAGUGGGGUUAUGUUGUGAUUACAACUCCUGAAGGUGUAAUGGAUCAUGAAGAGGCUAUUACUCGUAAUGUCGGGGGUCAGGUUCUUGGCUAUUUUCAUUAGCUAUCUUGUCAGUGGAAACUGAAUAGGUUCUUCUACAUUAUGACGGCCUGACAUCAUCUGCAAGAGUUUGGUGUGUUUUUUUUACCUAGAAAUCAAUUCUAUGUGAAUCUUGUGCCAAUUGAUGAUUUAGAUCAAGGUAGAACAUGAUUGCUCCUCUUAAAACAAUGCGAUCACUUUCUAUUUCACAUAAAAGGCUGCAUUGUCAUGUGUCUCACUGUGUGUGCCUUACGAAAGACCAUAUGGUCUGCCACAUCUUUAGAUCCUAUCUUGGUUAAUUCACACCGUAUAAACUGGACAUGAAUUCUUACAACACGUAUCUUUUCAAGUUCAUUU